GUUUUUUUUUCCAGUCCUCAUAAAUGCAGAUCUAACAAAAAAGAAAUGUCGUCAUCUGAUCAUCAUCCCAAGGGCAAGGGCAAGGACAAGGACAAGGACAAGGACACGGACAAAACCAUCCAUGGAAAUGGAGCGUCUGAGACUGUUCUGAGCAGCCGCAGCAGCAGUUCUCGCCCGUCAUCAUCCUCCUCGUCCCAGCGUGGCCUGUCGCGCGUUCUGCACUGGGGUCCAAUGCUGGCCCUCUCUGUCAUUGUCUUCAUCUCGUUCAGCAUGAUUGUUGCCUGCGUCCAUGGCAAUCCGCCGCUCGAGGCGCGCACUGUUCUCACGGGCAGAUCGACCGUGUAUCCGCGCGGCCAUCCGCAGCACCGCGACCCUGCAUCAUCUGGUGGCAGUCCUUCGACGUCGUUGGACGUAGUGUUCAAGCCGUGGGGCGCACUGCAGCUGGGAGUCUUCCUGCUGAUGCUCGCGCAGAUUCUGAGCAACUACUUCCUCGCAAUGGUUCGCGGACCGGGCUAUGCUCCGCCCGGCUGGCAAUCUGCUGUCACUGGGAACGUGGCUGACUUUGUGCAAUUUUGCACUCUAUGUGACGAGUUCAAGGCGCCGCGAGCGCACCAUUGCCGGCUAUGUAACCGGUGCAUCCUGCGAAUGGACCACCACUGUCCUUGGGUGAACAACUGCGUUGGCCACAACAACCAGCGCAAUUUUGUCCUCUUCGUCACUUGGGUGCCGUUGACGGCCGUCUACACCAUCUACAUCAUGUCUCACUGGUGCUGGACUCUAUUGGGUUCUGGCAGACUUCUCCGUCUUUAUAGCAUUGAUUUGGUUCUCUGUGUCUUUGGCGUUGCCCUGUCUAUCGGAGUCAUGCUGGCCGUUGCCUUUCUUGCGCACCACCAAUUCUCGGUCAUUUUCCGUAACAUGAGCGACAUUGAAGAGUGGAUUGCUGACAAGGCUUCCAACCGCAUGCUCAAGGAGAAAUCCGGCGAGGUGUUUACCUAUCCCUACGAUCUUGGCCGGCGCGCCAACUGGGUCCAGGUGAUGGGCCCGGGUGUGCUGCAGCUACUAUGGCCCUGGUACGAGCCAUCUACAUCUUUGGAUGCCCAGCUACACGAGCACCCUGGCAAGCGCACGGCCCUCAAGCAGCCCAUCACGGCAUCGAACGGAGUGUUCUGGCCCGUGCACGAGACAUGCCACCAGUUCUCAUUCACCCAAGAGCAGCUCAAACAAAAGCAACGCAAGCUGGCCCAUGCACAGCUCGUGCGUGUUGCCCGGCCGUUCAGCGGUCGCUGGUGGGGCUUUGGAAUUGGCGGCUGUCGGCUGUUGUGGAACUUUCCAGCAUUCGAUGACACGCAGCUGGCCGUCUCAGCGGGUCAAGACGUUCUUGUGCUUCGAGGUCACAAGGGGUGGCUGUACGGCGAGAAUCGAGGUGUUGGCGCUGACAGCGACACUCCAAACCCCGACUCGACCGCCGCAGCUGCGUCCACUUCCAACAAUGAUGUGCAUGUGAGAGACCAUCCACGAGGAUGGUUUCCUGAAGCAUGUGUGAACGUGAAGGAAAGCUAGGGUGACUCCAAUCCAUAGUUGCAUUGAUGAAAAAAAA